GGUUAAAGAUGCGAAAUAAAAAAACUCCCCCCCAUUCUGGCACGGAUGUGUGUGGCUUGUGACACACCCAAGAUUCCGCGCGUGGAAAAUGUGUAUGCCCGCUCGUACCGCCCGACUCAUUGGAACUUUAUUAUCGCCAAAUGUCUUCGAGAGCAUUACGCCGACUACAAAAGCAACAACUGCAAGAGUUAGACCAUGCUAGUCAUAGCGAAGACGACUCAUCAGAAGAGGAAGCUCCACCACCCAAAGCCCAGAAUUUGUUCGACUUGUUGAAUGAAGACCAAGACGAUGACGAUGCAAAUGAUACGGACAAUGCAGACGAAACAGAUGCAAUGAACGAUGAACCCGUAGCUGAAAAGAAACCAAAAGUGGUACCGCGAGAACACGACGAAGAGGAAGAGAAAUCUCCUAGUACUGCGCAGGUCGUUAAAUCGAGUAAAAAAAACAAGAAGAAAAAAAAGAAGGGAAAAGCUCAGGCUCAAGCUCAAGCCGUCAAGAGCCAUGCUUCCUCAAAGAAAGAUAUUGCGGACAUGAGUUGGGAAGAAUUCGAUGAUGUCUUGAAGGAGAUCGGUGGCAGUUCACAGCCGGAUAAUGCGGGUUCGACAAAGGAGGAGGACACGGAGAAUGCCGAUGAACGCUGCCGUUUGCUGUCAGUUAAUCAACGUUAUUUGGAUGCGGAAGCCGAAAUGAAGCGCCUGUUUGGAUCUCGCGUAGUGAAUAGUGAGAAUCGAACCGCCGGAAGAGUUUUGAAACGUUCCAAAUUAAGUACACCCAAAGUGGAUUGGCCACCUUACAAAAAACAAGGAUUGUCAAUGUCGUUGAUUGAAAACAAACCAGGUUCAUCCUAUUAUGCAUUCACGCACUCCGAGGAGUAUCAGGAUGCGCAGCUCGAAUUUUUGAAUUGUGUGGCAUCGCACGACCCAAAUGCUCUGAUGUUCCUGACUCACCAUCAUCCUUAUCAUGUGGAUGGUUUACUUCAAGUCUCUGAGGUAGCCAAACACAGCGGUGAUCAUACAGUGGCUGGUGAAUGCAUUGAACGUGCCCUUUAUGCUUGUGAGCGAGCUUUCCAUCCUCACUUUUCGCUGUCCUCUGGCACGUCCAGACUUUCAUACCAGCGAUCUGAGAACCGAUCCUUCUUCCUUGCCAUUUUCCGUCACAUUCAAUUUUUGACCCGCCGUGGGUGCUGGCGAACCGCCUUUGAAUUCAAUAAGCUGUUGUUCAGUCUGGAUCCCACUGCCGACCCCACAGGCGCCUUGUUAUCCAUUGAUUAUUAUGCAUUGAAUGCCAAAGAUUACGGUUAUUUGUUACGAAUGAUAUCGCAUUGGAAAACCGAUGCGUCAAUCUACCCUGGCGCCUUGGAUGAUUUACCCAACUUUGCCUUUUCCGGAGCUUAUGCCAAGUUCAAGUUGGCGCAAACCAAAGACAAUGUAUCUGAGGAAGACAGCUCUGCCAUGCUAAAGGAAGCGAUUAAGAAAUUCCCUCAGUUUACACCUCGUUUGUUGCAAAAGCUCGGCGAAUCCGAUCCAUUAGUAUCUCAGGUUCAAGAAACCAUCAAUGACCCUUACUUGGACCUACUCCUCUGGUUGGCCGUGGAAAGGAAUCAUGAACUUUGGAAAGAGCCAGAGGUAUUGCAGUGGCUGAAGCAGACGGCUCACCAAGUAAAGGCUCAAGACGACCUGGCUUAUCAACAAGUGCGAUGCAGUGAAAACCGUGAUAUUCCGUUGAAUGUGUGUCGUCAUGUCAUCAUGUCCGAAAUUCGCAAGUGUCUUUCUUACCUACCGACGUCCGUCACUGGCACCGAUUACCAUAUGUAUGACCCUCUUCCACCGCCGGAUUCUGUAUCAGGUUACGAUAUCAACGACAGAAUUCGCAGGGGUCACGGAAGCGGGGCACAAGCUGCGCCUACAGGAAUUCUGGCCAGAAUCCAAAAUUUCCUCGAUGGUAUGGGAGGCAAUGUCUCUCCGGAAACGGCUGACCAAAUCCGUGAAAUGAUGGCCGAGGUACGGCGUCGUAUGGAUACGCUCCCAGGCACUUUUCCCGAUCUCCAAGACUACGAGGAAGAUGAAAGUGGCGAAACACCUGCAAACCCAGAGCAGCUUGAUUUUGACUACCUUGACGAGGUAGCGGCCGAAGAACUGGCUAUGCAAAGAGCUUUGGCAGAGGAAUAUGAGCGAAAUGAUAGUCAUAACAACCAUAAUAAUGACGACCGUAGAUCAAACACUGAAUAGAUGCAAAAGAAUAACAACACCGUCUUUUCGACCUG